AUGGAGUCCAAUCGGCUCCUGGAUCCAGUAGAUGCGUUCUUCAAGCCAUCAGCCUCAGGGAGAAGGAGAAGAGAAGGACGCAGUACUAGCCGCAGGUCGAGGAGCCACUACAAAAAGCUGCUUUGGUUCAAGCAACCGUUCCCUGACAACUACACGGAUGAGAAGACGUUCCUCGAUCACCUGCAGCGCAAUCCGCGCCUGCAGCCAUACGAGUUCUGGUCGCUCAUGGCUGACGCAACCAUCAUCGUGCAGCAUCUUGCAUCAGUCGCAAUCUUCUGUUGCUGUUUUGUCGCUAUAAUUCAAGGAAACGUCUCGCCAUUAUCAGUAGUAGGCUGGGCGACUUUGUGCACCGUGUUGGCCUGGGUCUUGUGGGAUCGUUGGCAAGGACAAGAGCUGGAAACAACUGACGACACGCACGCAAAACCACCAGAUGCAGGUGAAGCAAAUAACUCGCAUUCGGAACCAGUGCUGUCUCCGCCCUCUCGAUAUCAGCAGCGAGUGUCGACUGUGAAGUCGGCUGUACUGAUCUACGCUGCUCUGCUAGGGCUCAGCCCUAUACUCAAAUCUUUGACAAAAUCGACGACAAGCGAUUCAAUCUGGGCUAUCAGCACGUGGCUGCUCAUGAUGAACGUGGCUUUCUUCGAUUACAGCAGUGGGCCAGGGGCUCAACUUCCUGCGUCUAUCUCAACAAACUCUGCCAUGAUGGCAUCUACUGUUCUUGCUUCGCGCCUUCCAUCUACUACACACGUCUUCUCUUUGACACUCUUCUCUAUUGAAGUGUUUGGCCUCUUUCCGAUCUUUCGUCGAGAACUUCGAGCUCGCUCCUGGCAAGGUCAUCUCACCCUCACGAUUGUGCUGGUAACGGCUGCGUGGGGCGGUGUCUUCGUGACUCUGACAGGCGGCGGAAAGGGUGCCUUCAUCGCGGGUGUAGUGCUUGGAAGCUUCCUGACUUUCCUUGUGAUGGGCAUCUGCAGCUGGUGGCUGAUCGGACUGCAGAAGUACAAAAAUGAGAUCCAUGGUCCCUGGGACCCCGCGAGACCUAUCAUUCGGCGGCGUUGGGAUUGA